CCUGAUCCAAAAUAACUUUGACACCCCUGCUCUAAUGCAUUGUUUCCCAAAGAUUGGAUCGCGACCCUCAGGUGGGGCACAGGAGAUUUGUUUUGGGCUGAGAUCCCCACACGUCUGCAGAAAAGCUCCUGAAAAUGUUUUACCAGUCUGUGGUUGCCGGUUUCAUUUCGUACGCUGGGGUGCUGGAGAAGCUGCUCAGGAAGUCUAGCUCUGUGGUCAGCACCAAACUGGACCGUCCGGUGACGGUGGCAGAGAAGAGAACGCUUGGCAAACUGGUGGCCAUUUUGGACAGUUCCCGUCAUCCUCUGCCCACUGUCAGUGACAGGCUGCUCCUUCCAUUGUCCACCGGGGCAAUUAAACUGUUCAACUGUCCACUGGGGGGAGGAGGGUGAACAAAUGACUGGUGGGUAAGGGCGUAUGUGCGAUAUAUAUUCAUACACGCUAGUUAAUAGAUAGAUCAAUAGACAGACAGAUAUUCUUCCUCUUCUGAGUUAUCCUAAUUGCCACUCUAACUCCCUUUCUUCUGUAUCUCCUCUCAACUAUCUUCCGAUUUCUUUAUUUCCUCCCACUUCUGCUUCCUCUGCGGCCCUCGAUGUCCAGAAGAAAAGGGGUGUUGCAUUCCAAAAGCCUGGAGACCGUUCCCCUCUUUCAGCCAAGGGCCCACAGAGUGACAGAGGAAUUAGAAUAAGAAUAGCUGCCCAUUCACCCCAGUGCCCCAGUGACGAGCUGGAGGGAGAGAGGGAGACAGAAGCACUGGGAGGAGAGGAAUGAAAGAAAGGGGGGUCCCCGCAGUUUUCUGCACUCUCAUUGGCUGGUGGCGUUCCCUCUGUUUUUACAUCGCUGCCGUCAGUUGUGCUUUCAAGUUUGUUUUACUGAUUCGGCUUCACAUACACACCACACAUGUCCAUGCAUGCGUAAAUGUACACAUAGGGGUCCUGGGUCUGAACACGUGCACGGCAGAAUACAGAAUACACACUCACACGCAUGCACGCACACACGCAUGAACACACACUGUCCGGGCAAAGUUAGCUUGUAGGAAGGCAGAGGAGGGAGAGGCGACCCCGGGUUGUCCAGAGACAGCUUGGUGUCCAAGCAUCCAGGCGUCCUGAUGACCAGCAUGACUGUGCAGCUGAGUCUCCUCCUGCUGGCUCUUGCUGCCUUUGGUCAAGAAAUUCCAUCAGCUCCUCAUGGCUGCACAGAGGGCAGCUGUUACCCUGCCACAGGGAACCUUCUGAUUGGACGUGCUGUGAACCUGACAGCCUCCUCGACAUGUGGACAUAAUGGACCAGAACAGUACUGUAUAGUCAGUCAUUUGCAGGAAUCUGACAAGUGUUUUGAGUGUAACUCCCAGCACCGCUACGACCCGCACCACCACAGGAACAGCCAUCGCAUUGAAAAUGUCAUCUACCUCAUGGACAGAAAUGGAGACCACACCUGGUGGCAGUCUGUCAAUGGUCUGGAGAGUGUGAGCAUCAGACUGAACCUGGAGGCUGAAUUCCACUUCACUCACCUCAUCAUGAAGUUUAAGACUUUCCGACCUGCAGCCAUGAUCAUUGAGCGUUCAGCUGAUUUUGGACGCACCUGGCGUCCUUACCGCUACUUUGCCUCAAACUGCACCAGAACAUUUCCACAAAUCCCGGCCGUCGGUUUGAGACACAUUAACGACAUCAUUUGUGAGGAACGCUACUCUGACAUUGAGCCUUCCACGAAUGGAGAGGUCAUCUACAAAGUUUUGGAUCCUGCCAUUCAUGUCAAAGAUCCCUACAGUCUAGAUAUUCAAGAGCUUUUGAGAAUUACUAACCUGAGAAUCAACUUCACCAAACUCAACACUCUGGGAGACGACCUGCUGGACCGACGCUUCGACGUCCUGCAGAAAUAUUAUUAUGCCAUUUACGAGCUGGUGGUCCGAGGGAGCUGCUUUUGUUACGGCCAUGCCUCCGAGUGUGCACCUGUGCCAGGGGUUGACGCCCGGGGAAACGGCAUGAUUCACGGUCGCUGCGUCUGCAAACACAAUACACAGGGUCUGAACUGUGAGCGCUGUCGAGAUUUCCAUCAUGAUCUCCCAUGGAGACCAGCUGAGGCUGAAAACCCACACACCUGUCGAGAGUGUAACUGUAACGGUCACUCCAACUCCUGCCACUUCGACAUGGCCGUCUUUUUGUCCACUGGGAACAUCAGUGGAGGAGUGUGUGACGAUUGUCAGCACAACACCAUGGGCCGCAACUGUGACAUUUGCAGCCCUUUCUACUUCAAAGACCCCAGCAGAGACAUCAGAGACCCUCGGGUCUGCGUAGCCUGUGACUGUGACCCAGUGGGUUCUUUGGAAGGCGGUGUUUGUGACGGUCACACAGACCCCAACAUGGGAAUGAUUGCUGGACAGUGCCGCUGCAAAUCUAAUGUUAAAGGCAUGCGCUGUGAUGACUGCAAAGAAGGUUAUUUUGGACUCAGCCAGAAUGACCCACUGGGCUGCCAACCGUGUAACUGCGACCCCCGUGGUAUCAUCAUGCUCGACGCCCCUUGUGAUCAGAUUAGCGGCGACUGCUCUUGUAAAAGAUACGUCACAGGUCGCUACUGUGACCAGUGUCUGCCUGAAUACUGGGGGCUCAGUAACGACCUGUCCGGCUGCAGGCCCUGUGAUUGUGACUUUGGCGGGGCCUUCAACAACAGAUGCAUGAUGGACAGUGGCCAGUGUGACUGUAGGAGACAUCUGAUUGGUCGACAGUGUUCAGAGGUGCAACCCGGCUAUUUCUGCGCUCCGCUGGAUUAUUACAAGUACGAGGCUGAAGAUGCUGCAGGACAUUCGCCCAGUGAGCCUUUACUCCCAGGUAAAGUCCGUCCUCAGGCAGAAACUGACUGUGUGGAACACCUCAGUAACCAGCUGAGGCGCCACCGCCGUCACCGUCGCGUCACGGACUCACAGCAGAGUCGAGCAGCACUGAGACGAAUCCGGCAGCUUCAACAGACACCCGACGUGAGCACUGUCAACAGAGAACACUCGACCGGCCACAUGGUGACGUGGACCGGACCUGGGUUUGCCCGUGUCAAGGACGCUGCAGGUCUGGUGUUCACUAUAGAUAACGUCCCCUACGCCAUGGAGUAUGACAUCAUGAUCCGCUAUGAACCUGAGUCCACAGAAGACUGGGAGGCCAUUGUCAGCAUCACCUCAGUCAUGCUUCCCUCUAGUCUCCGCUGUGGAAACCUGUUACCAACUGAGCAGCUCUACAGAGUAACAUUGCCUCAUCGCAACAGGUAUAUCCAGAUGCCCCGGCCCUUCUGCUUUGAGCCCAGUAAUCGUUAUGUGGUCGCCAUCAGGUUCCAGCGCCAUGGGGUCACACACAGACACCUGACUGCCUUCAUCCUCGUUGACUCGCUCGUCCUGAUCCCCAAAUACACAGAGCUUCCAGGCUUUCAGGGUAAUGAUGCCGUGGCAGAGCAGCGACGGGAGGAGAUGAUCCGCUACAUGUGUCUGGAUUCCUUCAUGAUCACACCCAUGCCUGCCCUGGCUGAGAUGUGCACCAAACUCAUCUGCAGCAUUUCAUCCAUCAUUCAUGACGGAGCUCUGCCCUGUCAGUGUGACCCGCAAGGCUCGCUCAGUGGCGAGUGUGACAGAGUGGGGGGUCAGUGUCGAUGUAAACCCAACGUCAUGGGUCGUCACUGUGACCAGUGUGCCCCAGGAACCUACGGCUUUGGAGUCAGUGGCUGCACCCCUUGCGACUGUCACCCAGAUGGUUCUGUGAGCCACCAGUGUGAUCCAGUUACAGGCCAGUGCCAGUGUAGACCUGGAGCCACUGGUCUGAGGUGCUCAGACUGUCAGCCAGGACAGUGGGGUUUCCCCAGCUGCACCCCGUGUCAGUGUAACGGCCACGCUGACAUCUGUGACCCCAGCAGUGGAGAGUGUACACAAUGUAGGGACUACACUGUGGGACAUUUCUGUGAGCGAUGUGUGAAUGGGUUCUUUGGAAACCCAGUUCUUGGCUCUGGAGACCACUGUCGGCCCUGUCCCUGUCCUGGAAUCCCUGGCUCUGAUCACUUUAACGGACACUCUUGUCACGCUGACCACGGCUCUGACCAGAUCAUCUGUAACUGCAAAAAAGGCUACGCUGGCUCCCGUUGUGACCAGUGUGCCCCUGGUUACUACGGAAACCCAGAGCAGCCUGGUGGCCAGUGCCUGCCAUGUGAGUGCCAUGGAAACAUCGACACCGAGGAUCCUGAUUCAUGUGACCGCAGGACCGGUCAGUGCCUAAAGUGUCAGCAUCAUACUGACGGUCCCUCCUGUGGGCAAUGUCAACACGGUUACUAUGGCAACGCUGUCAAUCACGACUGCAGACUUUGUACCUGUGUGACGGCCGGGACUGUCCAGUCUGCCUGCACUGAUGGUCAGUGUCACUGUGACAAAGAAACUGGAGCCUGUAACUGCAGGGAGAAUGUCACUGGACACAACUGUGACCAGUGCUCUCCAAACCACUGGAAUUAUGGUCAGGAGAGAGGCUGUGAGCCCUGUCACUGUGACCUUCAACAUGCCCAGGGAGCUCACUGCAACAUGUUCACAGGUCAGUGUCACUGUCGCCCAGGCUUUGGAGGCAAACAGUGCACCGAGUGUGAGCAGUUCCACUGGGGAGACCCUCAAGUACACUGUCAAGAAUGUAAAUGUCACCCCCUGGGCUCAGAAAUUGCCCAGUGUGACCGAACAACAGGUGACUGCAUAUGUGUGAAGGGAGCUGCAGGGAGACAUUGCGAUGAGUGUGCCCGAGGGUUCACGGGCGUCUUUCCAAGCUGUAUUAGCUGUCAUGUUUGCUUCCAGCUUUGGGAUGAUGCACUGUGCCAGAUUAAACGUGACCUGGAACACAUCCAGUACACUGCUCAGAAGAUCCUGGACAGUGGAAUCACACCGGGACUGGAGGAUUCACGUACAAAAGAGCUGGAGAAGAAGCUGAGGCUGAUUCAAGAACUGAUCAGCGGGUAUGACACAGACAGAGUUCAUCAGCUGAUUGGACAGAGCAUCGAUGACCUCAGGGCUGAGAUUGCCCUGACUGAUGGGCGUUUGAUGAGUAUCACCAGGGAACUGAAUACCACAGAAGAAGAAGAUGGCUCACUGAGACGCACACUGUCUGUUCUGGAGAGAGAACUGAGAGACAUCAAUACAACUGUGGCUGAAAAGAAGGAGCUGCUGGAGCAAUAUCACAGCGCUGGAUUUAAUGACCAGUUUGAUAAAGUGAAGAAGUAUUACCAGGAGUCAACUGAAGCAGAGCAGAAAUGUAAUGCAUCAGUGUCAGGUCCCCUCAGCCCAGUGGAACAGUCCAAUCAAACUCGAGCUCUCACUGAAGAGUUGCUGGAAGCCAACAGAGAGAAGUUCCUUCAAAGUCUAGCUGCUCAGAACCAAACCCUGGACGAACUGCAGGAGAAGACGAAAGACCUGGACGACAUGGUCCAAAACCUAAGUCAAAAGGUAUGUGGUGGUCACAGCAACAUCAGCCUGAACGGUAGUUGCCCUGAUAGCGUGUGUGGUGGCGCCAGCUGUAGAGAUGAUGAGGGUAACAGAGUGUGUGGAGGAGAUGGAUGUAACGGGACAGUGAGUGCUUCACUGGACGCCCUGAAUCAUGCCAAGAUUGCGGCAGAGAAUCUAAACAAUGCCAAGGUGGAGCUGCAGGGAGUCGCAAAGAAGCUCCAGGAUAUUGCUACACUGACACAGGACGUAAAGGCGCAGGCGAUGAAUACACUGGAGAAAGCCCAGAGGAAGAAGGAACACUUUGAGAACAACAACAAGAAGCUCAAAGAUUUUAUUAAGAAGAUCAAAGACUUUCUUAUGGAGGAGGGAGCUGAUCCCGAGAGCAUCGAGAAAGUGGCUCUGCAUGUGCUGUCCAUCAGGCUUCCGGUCAACAAGACCAUACUGGACAACAUGGUCACACAGAUAAAGGGUCAUCUGUCAAACCUCACUAACAUCGAGGACAUUGUCAACCAAACCUCACAGCAUGUCAACAAAGCCAAGGAGCUGCUGGAAAAAGCAAAAGAAGCCAAGACAAGAGCAGAGGGAGUAAAGGAUGCAGCCAAUGAUACCCAACAGGCUUUGGAUGUGUCUGAGAGAGCCAUUGAAAAAGCAAGAACAGCUCUGGAAGAAGCCAAAAAUAAUCUGAACAGCACAAGAACGGCAACCUCUGAGGUGGAUGAGAGGCUGGGGCAGUUGGAUGACAAGCAGAUGGACAUCAUGAUGCGUUUACAGAACCUCUCCGAAGGCGUAGAGGCUCUAAAGAACAAGACGGAAAUGAACAGACGGAUGGCGAUAGAGGCCAAGGAUCAGGCUAACAAUGCCACUCGGAUGGCCUCCUCACUGGAGAAGAGUCUCAAUGACACAGAAAAGCAGUAUCAAGAACUGCAGACGAAGGUGAACUCUCUGGGUGGAGAGUCUGGAGGACUGGACAGCAUCCACCAGAGGGCCAUGGAGAUCAAGAAGGAGGCAGAUGAACUUUUAAACAAGGCCACAAAUGGAAUAAAACAACUGGAGAGGCUAGAGAAGAAAUUCAAGAGUAACGAGAGGCGGAUGCAGAUGCAACGUGCGGAGUUGGACGAGCUGAUGGGCAAUGCCACGCUGGCGAGGGAUGGUAUCCGGGAACAAUUGCAGAAGUACAGUAACUGUGAGUGAGGACGAGUUGGUUUCCUAUACUCUCUCUAAACCUUAUCCCGGAAUAAAAACAACAUUAUUACAUUAUUAAAAACCACAAAACAAGCUGCUCUGGUGUCUUUAGUUUUCAUAUUCUCACCGUCAAGUGUUAUAUGACAGAGGUGCUCUUUUCCUCUGUCCUCGUUCUGUUCCGUUUUACAUCACUAAGCUAUUUCAACCUCAAUGGAAAUGAUUGGUCUGACUUUAUCCACUGCUGAGCAGAUUAUUGGUUACAUCAAUAAUCAUAUGUUAUAUAAAUAUACACAUAUAUACAUACAAAUAUUAUAUGAUUUCAUCCAUAAAGUGUUUUUAUUUCUACCAAUGGUGCUUUUUAGUUUUUAUUUUGUGUGUGAUUUUACAUGUUAGUAUAUUCAUCAUGAACUUUUAUGGACUCAAACAAUGACUUUGAAUUUAUUUUCUAAAGAGAUAUGUUGUGCCUACUGUAUUGGUGAUGGAGGUCAAUAAAUAUAUACCAGUUAUAUAAUAUAUGAUUUUAAGU